AUGUCUGCGUCGGAGCGGGUGGUGGUGGUGCUUGGGGGAGCCGGCACGGUGGGCUCUGGGAUUGUCAGCUCGCUGCUGGAGAAAGGCUUCCAGGUUGCUGUCAUCUCCCGGGAUGGAAGCAGAUUGGAGAAACUGAGGCAGUUUUUGCCAGCGUCACUCCAGAACCGCUUGCAGACUCUCAUUGGGGAUGUUGGUUCCGAAGAGGGAGCAGAAGCUGCCCGGGAGGCUGUCCUGAAGGCCCUGGGCAAGGUGACGGAUGUGGUGUCCUGCCUGGGCUUCAGCUGGUGGCAAGAGGGCCCCCCUCACACCCAGUCCCUGAAGGAGCUGCAGCGGGUCUUGGACACGCUGCUUCUCAGCACCUUCACUUCCUGGAAGGCUUUCUUCCCCUUGGUCAGGGAUGACCCCAGUGGCUCCUACACCCUUAUCACAGGAGGGGCCGGGGAGCAUCUUCUCCUGCCAGGCACUGGUUUCCUGACCCUCGGGGCAGCGGGGGCACUGGCCUUUUGCCAGGUGCUGCGUGAGGAGUACCCAGACAUUCCCUGCAAACUGAAUGAGGUGAAGAUCAGCAUGGGGGUGACAACCCCAGAGCGGCUGGGCCCAGGCUACGUGAGCCACCUGGAGGUGGGUGAGGCUGUGGCCUCCCUGGUGGAGAAGAGGUGCGUCUCCCAUGUGGUGCUGACUGCCAGCUCGCCUGCCGACCUAAAGACCCUCGCCAUGGAAGGGAAGCUGUGA